AUGUGGCCAUUGGGUACCACAAACUUGGAGGUUCAGGCUAGAACCAAGAUGGUAACCACAGAUUUUACUGUGAUAGACACUCCCUCCUUGUACAACAUUGUCUUGGGAAGACCUUGGCUACACGCUAUGAGAGUUGUUCCCUCAACACUGCACCAGUUACUGCGAUUCCCAACCGAAUUUGGGAUUGAGGAGGUAAAAAGAAACCAAGUGCAAGCGAAAAAUUGCUCCAUAACUGCAAUGAAGUACACUUACACUGUUAGAGAGGCGGAGAUGGCAGAAGUUGAAGACGAAGACCAGGAGGUCUUGGACAAUGUAGGCAAAGAGCCAGCCAACAAGAGCCAAAAACCCUUGAAAAAGGUCCUGGUACAAGAAAGAGACGAAGAACGAUUCUUCCUCCUCGAAUUAGGCUUAGCUGAGGAAGAAAAAAGAAAAUUAGAAGCUUUCUUGAGAAAGAAGAUAGAGGUGUUCGCUUGGACACCCUACGAGAUGUCAAUGAUCAGCUCCGAGAUCACCUGCCACAAGCUCAAUAUGGACAGGUCGGCCAAACCUGUGGUCCAAAGAGCUAGGCGACCAACCAUGGUUCAUGUACAAGAAGUUGAAGAGGAAGUAAAGAAGCUGUUGGAAACCCAAGCAAUCCAAAAAGUAAACUACCCAACGUGGUUGUCCAACACAAUGGUAGUAAAGAAGAAGAGUGACAAAUAG